AUGAUAAUCUGCGUCAUCACCUUGGCAGAAGCCCAUCCUCUUCUCCAAAGCGGAAAAACAAUUAAAAGCAUCAAUUACCAAAUCAGUGCCAACUGUAGCAGGCUCCAGAACAAGGUGUCUGGGAAGUCCAAAAGGGGAGCCCAGUUUCUAACAGAACUCGCCCCCCUGUGCAGGAUAGCUUCGGCCGAUGGGGAGGAAUACACCAUUUACAGCUGCAUACGAGGGCGGCUGAUCGAAGUGAACGAAAACAUCCUCAGCGAUCCCAGUAUUCUGCAAGAAAAGCCGUCAACCGAGGGAUACAUCGCCGUGGUUCUACCCAAAUUUGAGGAAAGCAAGAGUGUAACUCAAGGCCUUCUGACGCAGAAGGAGUACGAGGAAGUUCUGUUGAAGCGUCUCGAUUCUUCAUCAUGA